AUGAAAUUUGGUGCACAUCUCGAAUCAAAGAUAUAUGAGCCAUGGCGCUCAUCUUAUCUCGUCUACAACCAAAUCAAAGUGGAAAUGAAGCGACGUCAACUUGACCAUGGAUGGACCAAAUCUGACGAAGUCGAUGUUACUCGUACAUUGGAAUCUGAGCUUGCCAAGGUGUAUCGAUUUGCCAAGACGCAACUCAAGGCCAUUCAACAGCGUGCUGAUCAAGGACAAGUGGCAUUGAAUCAAUUGUCCAACACAAAGGACAGCAAGAACAAGUACGAUGCACUGGCUGAUACAUUUACAGAGAUCUUAUUCGAUAUAAACGACCUCGCUAAGUUCUUGCAACUGAAUGCAGCCGGCUUUGAAAAGAUCCUCAAGAAGCAUGAUCGCUACACAAACCUAGAUUUGCGCAGUAUGUACCGUCAAUCCAUGUCGCAGCAAUGGUCUCUGGACAAGCUCUCGCUGCAGUUGGAUGUGCUGAUUGUCAAGAUUUCAGGACUACAUGAUUUGUGUCAUUUGCACGGCCAUCCUCGAUCACAACAACAAGCGUACAGCCAAGGUGGAGAUCAAACGGCUUUUGAGCGUGCUACUGCUAAAUACUGGAUCCAUCCUGACAACAUUACCGAAGUGAAAUCCAUCAUUUUGUUUCAUUUGCCUGUGCACGUGUUCAAUCAGAAGAAGCAGUACGAAGUGGAGGAUAUGGCAGUUUCCAGUGUCUACUUUGAUAACAAGGGCUUUGAUCUGUACUCUGAGAGAUUGAGUCGCGAUGAUGGCGCUGAAGCUAUUCGACUCCGUUGGUAUGGCCCCUUGAAUCAAGACAACAACAAUGUAUACGUGGAGAGAAAGACACACAAGGCAGCGUGGCUCGACGGCAAAUCUGUCAAGGAUCGAUUCCGACUCAAGGAACCCCAGGUGGUGCCCUUCUUGGCUGGAAAAUACACAGCAGAUCAGUUUGCAGAGGAUCUUCGCAACAGCAAAAAGAGCUCCGCUGAAUCAGCAGCUAUGGUAGAAGAGAAUCGAUUCAUUGCGUCUGGUGUGCAGCAAUCUGUCAAGGACCGUCGCUUGGCUCCCACCUGUCGUGUAUUUUACAACCGCACAGCAUUCCAACUUCCUGGUGAUCAGCGACUGCGUAUCAGUUUGGAUUCCAAUCUGACGUUUAUCAGAGAGGAAACAGAGGAAUCUGAAUGGAGAAGAAAGGACGUUGGCAUCGAUUACCCCUUCCGCUACGUCGCUGACAAGGACAUUUCCAGAUUCCCUUACGCUAUUCUGGAAACCAAGCUCCAGACACAUCUGGGCCAAGAAAGUCCUGCAUGGCUCACUGCACUUAUUGAAUCGCAUCUUGUACACGAGGUGCCUCGUUUCUCAAAGUACUUGCAUGGUGCAUCUAUGCUGUUCAAGGAGCAAGUGCCUACUUAUCCCUACUGGCUGUCUCAAUUUGGUCAAGAUAUUCGAAAGGAGCCUGUUGCUAAUGUGGGUCUCUCUCGUUCCUUGAGUUUGAAGCCUUUGGUCAAUGGCCAUUACAGACAAUCCCUAUUGAUGAUGUACGAAAGAGAGCUGAAAGAGAGCAACAACAAGACCAAGGAUACAUUCAGCAAGGGCAAGAAGUUGGGUGAUUUACGUGCCAUCAACUUUAGCAGCAACAACAAGUUUCGCCAGGAGAAGCCUCAUCUGUCCAUCAACUUGCUGGACACAGAAGCCGUGGAUCAACGACAGCCCAAUAGCGGUAAAGACGUCUUGUCUCGUAUUUGGAACUAUGGUACUACUCCUACGUCUGCACAGUUCUUAUCUCUUUUGAAAAGGGACGGUAAAAAGGAAACACCUAACCUACCUCGCACGAGCAGUAGUCCAGGCAGGUUUUCCAAAGGUCAAAUGAAGAAAACAGAGCCCAAGACAUUCUUUGCCAACGAGCGUACCUUUAUCUCAUGGUUGCAAUUCUGCGCUCUGCUAUUGACGGUUGCUUUGAAUUUGUUGAAUAAUGGUGAUCAUAUAUCCCGUGUCAUUGGUGCUGUAUUCAUUAUUAUUGCAUCUAUGUUGUCACUUUAUGCUCUAGCAAGAUUCCAAAUUAGAUCAUGGCAAUUACGAAACAACAAGCAAAUUGUGCGCUAUGAUGAUGUGUGGGGCCCUACCGUGCUGUGCAUAUUAAUUGUCAUCGCUCUCGUUGUUAACUUUUGCCUGCGGGCUGAUACGCUAUCCUCGUCCUACGAGGAUACGUCUGCUGUAGACGUCCUUGUGGAUGCUGCUGCCACGGCUGCUGUAGAGGAUUUGUGA